AUGCAGCGUGUCUCCUCUCUUUUACCCUCGUGGGAGAAGAGGACCUCCUCGGGAUCCGCCAUUGCCUCGACCGAUGCCGCCGACACAGUCACAUCGCCCCAGAGAGUGACCAGCGCCAGCAGCACCAGCAGCGCUGCUGGAGGCGGAUUCUGGGGAUGGUCUAAGCGAUCCAGCACCAGUACGAAGACGAACAGCUUGUCCAAGAUCAACACAGCCGCCGCCAACAGAAACAGCAGUCUCAGCGUCAGGAGCACCGCCCGCGUCCACGGGGAAACCUUUUGGCCCACCAGUCUUGACCUUGAAUGCGAAAAGGCUGCUCGGAUCAUCAAGUCAUUUUGCGCCGAUGGAUAUCUCGGCCCCAUCGACGACGAAUCGAGCCCCGUAGUCUCACCCACGAACGAUGAACCACCCAAAACGCCCGUCAAAAUCUAUAAGAAGAUUCCCAAACAAAUCAUUCAGAAUGCAGCCGGCAUCGCCGUAUUCUCCUGCAUGCGCAAUGGCUUGUGGAUGACUGGCUCCGGUGGUUCUGGGAUCUUAAUAGCGAGAAAGUCAGACGGGACCUGGUCACCACCAUCCGGUAUCAUGCUUCAUACCCCUACCCUCAGCUUUAUCAUCGGAGUCGACGUGUAUGAUUGCGUUCUGGUGGUCAACAGCCUCGCCGCUCUCGAAUCUAUGACCCGCCCCAAGGUCACUCUGGGUGAAGAUGUUGGUCUUGCAUACGGUGCCUCUGUUUCAAUGGAGGCUCGCGACAUCGAGAUCAACGUGCGAGACCUUGGCAACACAGUCAUGACCUACAUGAAGGCUCGGGGCCAGGAGCAGAAGGUAAACCUGCAUGGCUCUAUUCUCACAGAGCGAGCCAACGAAAACGAGCGUUUCUAUGGAUCCGCCGUGUCGCAAAUGGAGGUUCUCUCCGGCGCCGUGGCCCGGUAUGUGGAAGAGACACAACCACUAUUCGAGGUGAUCAAGAUGGCGGAGGGCCGGACAGAUUUCGAUGCCUCAAUGAUUGGGAGAAUUGCCGCCGAGCCAGCGCCGUCAGACGCGAUUAUCGUAUCACCAAAAUUCUCGGCGGCGCCGCUAUCUCCAGCUCCCCGUGCCUUCGGCUUACUCAACUCAGAAGAUCCUGAUCCGUUUGGCAUUCUUGCCUUGGAAAUGGCCGGAAUGGAAAUUCGAGAAGCAGGCUCUCGUGCUCGGCCUACCAGCAGCCAGCUCGACUUCCAUCCUCAGCGUAUGAGCUCUCUCUCCAAGGUUCAACGCCAGAGCAUAGAGACGUCCAACAACAGGAGUAACCGUGGUAGCUUGAUGUCGACACGAACUGUAAAAAGUCAAACGACAGAUGUUGCAACACAAACUGAUACUGGUAACACAUCUGAGACAAGCCCCAGCCCUGGUCGCAGUGAGAAUGGUCAAGGACGAGGAUCAACUGAGAUUGCGAAGAAUACGGCAGAUGAUGUCGAACAUGAGGAGAUCGAUUUCACUGUUAUUGACAUGUCAGCAUUGGAUAGAAUCCGCCAACCUUUGGUUGACGAGAGCGCAGCCACAGUCGACUCUUCUAAGCUUGGCCCACUGCAUGCUGCUGCUAGCGAUUUCGAGACCGCAUCGAAAGCAUCUAGCAACUACGGAGACGCGGACGAGAAUGAGCUUGAAAAGGAUACUCCUGUUCCGAGCUCGAAGGUAGCGGAAGAAGAUGAUGACGAGCUUGAUGAGGAUGAGGAUGACGAUGACGAAGAUGACGACGAGGAAGAACCUGUGAUUUUUGAGGUUGCAACUGUGCAACCUGCGCGUACACAAGUUGUGGCGUCUCGUGUUGUUCAGGCCAAGGGAAAUGUGGUGACGAUCCCCAAGAGAAUCCCCCCGCCUCUGCCUACACGAAAUCCCGCGCGAGCGUCAACGGCUAGCAGAAGCGACAUUGGCGGAGAUGCAAUGAGCCCUUAUCCACAUAGCCCUCUUCGGAAGAACUUUAGCGAUGCAGAGCUGGCGGCCGGUGAAGACGAGAAUCAGGACACCUCGUCUCUCGACCCUGAGCGUGCAGUUUCACGUAGGCGAAGCGCUGAGCCAGAGGGGCUUACGAUCAAUGUCUCCAAGGCUGAUGAGUCUUCUCUGAGGACGCCCAAGGCUUUUGAAGUUUCUCCUCAAGCAGCUACUGUCCGCGCAUCUUUGAAGGAUGACGCAAUCCUGGAGACCUCAACCGUGGAUCAGAAUGAGACUCAGAUUAAGGACCAGGAGUCCAUUAAGAGCGCACGAUCAUUAGAUGAUGCAGACGACAAGUCGGAUUCGAUUGGCAAGAGUCGACUCUCAGUCGACACCGGAGUGACGGGCGUCACCGACGACAGGUCCAGCAUUGAGGAGUCUUCAUAUACGACUCCCACUUCCGAGCAACGAUUUUCAUUCGGCGAGAAUGUAAACGACAACACCCCCAAGAAGCCUGAGAUGUAUCUGGCUGAGCCUCCGGCGGUCAUUGACACGCCCAAAAAGACUGAGGCUACGGUAGAGAGACUGCUUUCUGAGAAGGCAAACGAGAGCUCUCUACCAGUAGAGAAGCCGACUGUCACCACUGUCUCUGCCUCAUAG